ACAGCAGCGAAUUGUCACUUGAAAUGUCAAAAGUGGUCAAAUUUUUGAGUGUAAUCUACUUUUUCCGAGUUGCGUGAUAAAAUUUGGCUUUUUCUUUUAACUAGCGUGAAAAAAAGUAUUUAUCUAUUGAAAAAGUCAAAUUGCGUAGUUAAAUGGCGCGUUCAUAAAACGCAGUGUAUAUUUACCAAGUGUUUUUGUAUAAGCUGCUUAAAAUUGCCCCUAAUGCUGGAUUGAGUGCUCCAACACUCAUACCAACGCAUAAGUGCGUUUUAUGAUAGCAGCAACGGCUGCAGGCUGAUUCAUUUUUAAGGACCCCACUGGUUAGUGUUAAGAAAAAAGUUGCAAUUGAAUAGUUGAAGCAAGUCUAUUCCUAUCACGGUUACAUCAAUAUCCCAGUACCAUGUAUCAGACCGCUUGCAAUGUCGCUACGACUGGCUCAUGUGUGCCUGGUACGGAAAAUGAUCGCGAUGCUGAACGUCAAGCUGCACUUAUGGCACAGCAGCCACCCACCGCACCGGUGGAACCAGAUUACAGCGGAUUCGAUAUAGUCAAAGCGACACAGUAUGGCGCUAUAGCACGUGUACGUGAACUUAUUGAAUCUGGUUGGGAUGUUAAUCAACCGGAUAGUGAGACUGUAACUUUGCUACAUUGGGCAGCCAUUAAUAAUAGGCGUGAUAUAAUACGUUAUUUCCUGGAGAAAGGCGCCAUUGUAGAUGCCGUAGGUGGUGAAUUGAAUGCUACACCCUUACAUUGGGCAACAAGGCAAGGGCAUCUCGGUUCUGUUGUGCUGCUGAUGAAUGCUGGUGCUGAUCCGCGCAUACGUGAUGCCGAGGGUUGUUCCUGCAUACACAUUGCAGCACAGUUUGCGCACACAGCUUUGGUUGCCUAUUUCAUAGCAAAAGGUGUUGAUCCAGAUUUGCAAGAUCGUGGCGGGAUGACUGCGCUCAUGUGGGCCGCUUGGAAGGUCUGUGCACUGGAUCCCGUACGUUUAUUGCUCACGCUUGGCGCAAAUCCAGCUAUGGUCGAUUACACGCACGGCAACACUGCAUUACAUUGGGCCAUACUGGCACGCAACGCUACUGCGAUUUCUACAUUGGUUCUAAAAUCACGCGCCUCCCUCGACGUUCCUAAUUUGCGUGGCGAAACGCCUUUAACAAUGCUGGAAUCACAGGCAGGCGCAAUAUGGAUUGGUUCCAAAGUAUUAGAUCGCGUACGUGAGGCUUCACAAAAAACCCAAACACAACGGUCAUUAAUAUCACGCUUGCGUCAUGACAAACGUCUACGUUGGUGGGCAAUGGUUGCCUGUCCAUUCACGGCGUUUUAUUUAGCUGGCGUCGUAUUUACACUAAAUACACUGUAUAUAAUUAAAUUCUUCCUUCUUGGAUGCUUGUAUGGCAUCUUCCAUACGCUUGGUAAGGCAUUAUUCGAUGAGCAUUUGCUGGCAUUAUUACCGUUAAGCGUGUAUCUGGCGACGAAAGCGUGGUUCUACGUCACGUGGAUUGUAUAUAUUGUGGAUGCGGUUUCGUUUGCGGAAACCUUAGUGUUUUUGGCUUGCUCCGCAGCACUUUGGGUAUGUUUUAUGAAAUCAUGGAAAGGUGAUCCAGGUAUUAUACGACCGACGCAGGAGCAACGUUUUAAAACGAUUGUCGAAUUGUCAGAACGCGGAGGUAUUGGGUUUGAACCCUCUUCUUUCUGCUCCGGCUGUCUGGUACGGCGUCCGAUACGUUCAAAGCAUUGCAGCGUUUGCGAUCGUUGCGUUGCGCGUUUCGAUCAUCACUGCCCCUGGGUGGGCAAUUGUAUUGGUCUCAAGAACCACGCUUACUUUAUGGGUUUCCUCUGGAUGUUACUCAUCAUGUGCGGUUGGAUGUUAUAUGGUGGCGCCUGUUAUUAUAUCUAUCAAUGUAAUGUAUACUUUACGCUCGUACCGCUGGCGGAUUUCCAAAAAGCAAUUAUGGACAUAGCCAAUUGUAACGCCUGGGUGGGUUGGGUGAUGGCGAAUGCAUUGUUACAUCUCUCCUGGGUUGUGCUGCUAACAAUUUGCCAGACAUAUCAAGUCGUCUGCUUGGGUAUGACUACCAAUGAGCGCAUGAAUCGUGGACGCUACCGCCACUUUCAGGCGAAAGGUGGACAUAGUCCUUUCACACGUGGACCAUUCAACAACUUGGUCGAUUUUUUGGAAUGCAAAUGUUUUGGCUUAGUGCAACCGCGUCACGUCGAUUGGAUGAAUUACUACGAUAUGGAUAUGCAGGUGGGCCGUACAACGGUGGAACAAGAACCGCUAUUGCGUGGCAACGCCGAUGGUGAAGGUGGUGGCACUGAGUUGGCGCACUAUCAGUACGUGUAGGAUAAGUCGAAUCGGGAUGCGGAGACGCGCAAUGCACCCAUAGCAAAUGUUUAGGCAAAUACGCAGGCAUGUCACGAUCGUAAAGGUAAACAAACAAUGGCAUUUUUUCAAGUGCUUUAAGUAACGGGGUGUGUAGAGGUGGUUCAAAAAUGAAAUGGUUUGUGUUAGCAAUGCAACGUUGUUGUAGCAGUGCUUAUGAAAUUUGCACAUCUUUUAAUAUAUUUACAAAUUUAUUAAAAUAAUUUUGCGUUAUUUUUAUACAAUGUUACAAGUUCUUAUUUAUAUAAAAAUUUGCCACUGCUACAACCACUUUGUAUGUAAUGUGAAUAGUCAAGCCGUAGGGAGCAUUUGCUAAGCGUAUUAAACUGUAUUAUAUGUAAACCUAAUUAUUAUAGUUUAUAAUAUUUAUUAUGCUUGGGUGAAAUAUGCGUGAACAAAGCAUAAGUAAGUUUUAUUUCGUUGAUGCGCCUAUUUAAUUAUAUACUUAAUACAAAUGUAAUUAUUAAUACUAAGUAAUUUUUUUUUUUGUAGUUCGAUACUUCUUAAAAGUUUUAGAUAGCAGUUUAUGAGCAAUAUAGUAAGCUUUGCCAGUUUAGGUUAGGAAUUUUUAUUAUUUCAGACUAAUCACUCGCUGUGCAAACUUAGUUAAAUAAUUUUUAGUAAAUACUUACUAGCAAGUAUUAGCAAGAACAAAAGGUUAUAUGUGUAGGACAUUGUAGUGCAUUUGCAGUUUGGGCAGCCGUAUGUGUGUGGUCAACGUAAACCGAUUCAAAAUAGUAUGAAAAAUAUUGUGCAUAUAAGUAAAAUGCAAACGAAAUGACAUUAGGUAUAUGGAGAACAAUUUGUUACAUAUAAGAAAAAUGUAUUGCUUACUUCAAAUUCUUGAUGUAAAACAAGCUAUAAAGAUAAGCAAAGUGGUAUCUGGCGUUGGAAAGUUUUAAAGUCAUUUCUAGCUUGAGAUUUAUAUUUUCGACUUAGCCGAAAAGGCAUUGUUUAUUAAGUUAAAUUAUAUAAUAUAUUUCAAAAUAUAUAAAGAAACAUAUUUAAAAAUAUAUUUCAAUUCAAAAUUAUAAAAUUUACAUUGUCUGUAUUAAAAGAAUAUGCUUUUUUUGUUUCUGUUAAAAAUUUUAAAUAAUUUUUUUUUUUUUAAUUUCGAUUUCGUUUCCAUUUUGAUAAUAUAUGUACGUUUUCAAUUUCAAUAUUUUUACCGAUUAAUCAAUACUUUAAAUAAUUUCAAAAUAAAAUCUUUGUUAAACAAGUUUUUUUUUACUAAACUAUUUCGAUUUCACUUCGAAGUAAUACAUUUUUAUUUUGAUUUCAUAAUCCUAUUUUUAUUUUUUAAUGCUAUUUUAUUAAAUAAAUAAUUUUUUAAAUUAUAUUAUUACUUCUUAAUAUAUAGUAUAUUUUUAAAUCAAUACCAACAAAAACACUACUUUGAAUCGACAAGAAAAGACAAAAUCAUAUAAUACUAAUAUCUUUGUGCAUGAAUUAAUAAUAUUUAUUCUAAAAAUCCCAAAAAAAGCUUAAAACAAUGUAAAACUGAAGAACAAUUUGACCUGCUUAAUAGACAUAAAUUAAUACAUUUAAGGAAGAAGCAAAAACCAUUUUACAUAUUGCUUAAUUUAUACAAAUAAAUCAAAUUUUUCUUUUUAGAAAAUAUUUUUUUAGAGGCCUUAAUGUUAAACGUUAGCCAACUACUCUUUCGUAAUUCGAAAUUUGGCUAGCAAGUAUGUAUGUGUAUUUACUUUAUAUUAACGUAAUUGAUUUUGCGUCAUAAAACAAACGUUCAAUGCACGUGACAUUUGCUUUUUACAAAAUCUAUACUUGGCAUUUAUACUUAAUAAUAGAAUAUAAAGCGCAGUUAUUAAUAAUUACAACAAAGAAAAUUUUAAUACGCACAUUUAUUUUGUUACUUCUAAGUAAUACAACAAACUUGCAAUACAAGGUGUAGUUACAGGAGGAAACGUCAGUUUUAUACCGAAAAAAUCAUCAAAUUGAAAACCGACUUACUUAAAACGUAACUAUGCGCCUACAUAUACACAUAUACAUAUGACCCACCAAAAACACACACAAUUAAGAUCUAAAAAUUAAGCAUGCAAAAAUCAUAAAAUAAGCUUGAGGUAGUUGUAAAGUAUCACAAAUGGCCAUACAAAAUUCUAAAAAAUGCACAAUUUUUAGAACAUUUUAUGCAGCAUUUAGCACUUGCUCCUCUUAAUUUUUUCUGCGCCAAAAUAUCUGAUAGUUGCUCCCACCAGAACAAAUGUAAAUAAGUAGAUACAGUUACGAACAUAAAUACAAAGUCAGUGAGCAAAACAAUAUAGAGAACAUUUGUUUAGUGUUUUAAAAUUAUUAUUAACAAAUAAAACUAAAUCUGAAGAUGAAAUAAUUUUGCGUAUAUUGUUAGCCGCAAAUUAUUUAUUUUGCUUAUUUGAAAGCGUCAAAAAUUAAAUUGUUUACAUAUGUAUAAACGAACAAGCAAAUUUACGAUUGAAAGUUAAGCUAUAUAUAAUAAACAAACGAGAACAAAACACCAAAUAUUUUUGUUAAUACGAAAAAUAAUAUUAAAAAUAUAAAUUGAUGUCUUUUUUUAAUUUGUUAAUGUAAAAUAAAAGUAGCUACAUAAACAAAAUAAAAAGCUAGUUAACCUAAACAUGUAAUGGAAAUCGAUAACAUUCGUGAAAACGUUUCAAUCAUCGAUAACUAUAAAUUUGAGCGUUAAGAUAAAAAAUAAUAUUAAAUUCAACAAAAAAUAAUAAUAUAAUUGCAAAAUAUAUGUAUAUGUCAACAAAAUUACGCAAGUAUACGUAUUGCGCGUAUAAGAACUGUACAUUUCAAACCAUUCUAUCUUAUACCAUCAAAUAAAAAUAUUUAAUAAAAAAUAUAAAAAAGUUUAACUAAAAAGCUAACAAUUUGCACCAAACAUUCUAGUCAGCCAAACAUGCUAAAAAUACGUUCACAUUACCAUUUAACUUACACAUAGAUAAAAUAUUUUUAACAGCUCUUUAAUAAAUUGAAAUAUACACUAAAUAAAGCUACGAGUAUGUAUAAUUAAUAAAAUUGUAUGGAAUGACAUUUUAAUUUUUAAAACAUAGAAAGUGAAGGAAAAUUAUUAAUUAGCUUAUUAUUUCAAUACCUAUAUACAUAUAUGAGUAAAAGUGGCAAUCACGUGGAUAUGUAUAUAUAUAUUUCAUAGAAAGUCUCACCUAAAAUUGAUUAUAUUUAUUUGUUUCUACAAUUUAGUCACGUGGAUAUGUAUAUAUAUAUUUAAUAGAAAGUCUCACCUAAAAUUGGUUAUAUUUAUUUGUUUCUACAAUUUAGUUAAUUUAAAAAGUUUAUGUUUUUAUAGCAGUUAGUUUUUACAAGCGUUUUUUUUUUCUUUUAAUUUAUUGAUAUGAAACUUUCUCAAUAACAAAUAACAAACUUCAAAGCACUUGAAGAAAAUGAGAAAAUAAAAUUAAUAAGUAAUAUGAAAGAUACAAUUUCUACAAAUGUUCGUUAACUUAAUAUCUAAUAAGGGAAUUGAAUAACAGUGUUUUGAACAUUUCCGACUGAUAUUUUCUAGCACAUCGUUUUACUAAGACACAUUUUUACUAGGUGUAUUAACUCCAGUACAUUUUCUAAUGCAAUAAAAUAAAAAACAAAAAAGCUUAAUUAAACUAAGAGAAACAUUGUCUUUGUUUUUUGAGAAUUAUUUUUAAAACUCUACAAUAUUCAUAGCUAUAUAUCUGUGUGUGCUUUAUAUAUAUAUACAUGUAUAUUUAUAAAUUCAAAUAUAAAAUGAAGUAUUACAAAAAUGUACUAUAUAGUAAACUUUUGCUUUACAUAAGUUGUAAACAAUAAAAAACAAACAAUGCUAAAAUAAUGUAUAUUUAAUAAGACGUUAAACACAAAAGGGAAUAUGUAUGUAAUGGUAUUAAAAAGGGCUCUUUACUGUAUGUAUAUGUAAUAAUAUUAAUUUUUUAUUUAGCAAUCGCAUUAAAACCCAACAACAGCAACAUGAACGCAAACAAAUAUGAAUUUCAAAAGAUUCAUACAUACAUAUGCAUAAAAACUUGCAUCCGUGUGCUUGAGGUUAUGACGAGAAUUAUAAUGAAAUCAAUAUCAAAGCAUACAAUAGUUUGUGUAAUCAUUUAAAUAAUAUUUAGCAAUCAAUAAACUUUAAAUUGUAGUUCUUAAGAAAUAUUGAAAUAAAUAUUAAAUACGAAAGAGAAAGAAAUAAAUAAAUUAAUUUAAAACAA